AAAUAUGAAUGUUUAACUUUUUACCCUUUACACAUGGUGAAAUUGGAAAUCGCAGCCGAUUUCUUCCGUUCCAUUGAUAAAUUAUUGACAUUAUUCACUACUUAGCUCACCGACUUCCGUUCAUAAAUAGCUUGAAAUUUAAAGCAUAUUACAUCGGGCCUAUAAAUCAAAAACUCAUCGUUAGCCUCGACAUAUAAUCGAUUCCGAACGCGUCAAACCUCUUUACGUGAAAAAUAAUGGCCAUUAAAAAUGACUUGAGAUAAAAUUAAUAGGCUUUUUAUCUUUGACGGUAAUACCUGUCACGAGAAAUCAAAGGUUUAGAAAUGUGGCGAAGAUUUACAAAAGAUUUGUGGCAAAAUGUAUCUAAGGCCGAAAGUUUAGGGGUCAAAUCCGAGUCUUCAUUUUCGUGCCCGACUCCUCCGGGCAAGCCGGUUCCACCUUAUCCACCACCGUCUUGUUCGCCAGUUCCCCCGUUUUACUGUUGCCCUAGGACGAAGUAUGACGUAAAUUUUAUUUACAUCAACGAUGUACCUCCUCCGAGUACUUUAGGCGAUGUGUUCGAUAGAAUUGCUCAGUCCGUGUUUUGGCUGGAAAUAGCGAGAGGAUUUGCUGUAACAUUAGGGCAUAUAUUCAAGGAACCAGCGACGAUCAAUUACCCUUUUGAAAAGGGUCCAUUGUCGCCUCGAUUUCGCGGCGAGCAUGCGUUGAGAAGAUAUCCUUCGGGAGAAGAGAGGUGCAUAGCUUGUAAGCUUUGCGAAGCCAUUUGUCCAGCGCAGGCCAUAACCAUUGAGGCCGAGGAGAGGUCAGAUGGGUCAAGACGAGCCACAAGGUAUGAUAUUGAUAUGACGAAGUGUAUAUUUUGUGGGUUUUGUCAAGACGCGUGCCCAGUCGAUGCCAUAGUAGAAGGCCCCAACUUCGAAUACAGUACCGAGACACACGAAGAAUUGCUCUACAACAAGGAGAAAUUACUCACCAACGGCGAUCGUUGGGAACCGGAAAUAGUAAGCAAUAUUAGAGACAACCAUCUUUACCGCUAAAUCCUCAUAGACCUAGAAGCAUAGGCUUUGAAGAAACAUUAAAUUUUUCUUUUUCUUAUAUCGAUGUAUAAUUAAUAAAGUCGGUAUACAUAA